GAUCAAAGGAUAGAUUUGAUACACCAACACGGAAGUUGUAAGACGUAUUUAUUCCCGGUUAUUUAUUUGGACAUAUUUCUCCCUUUUAUCAACAUGAUUUAGCCCUUGGAAAUGGAUCAGUAAUUCAGUGAAAGUUUGGUAUCUUUCUUGAUAUAUUUUGAUAUGAAUACAUAAGUUCAUAUAUCAUGGGAAAGUUGCAUGAAAUAUGAACGUUGGCCAGAAGUCAGAAACACCGGAAGUAAACAAAAUGAGAAUGAUGGAUGCCAAGAAUUUGUUAAAGAAAUUUCAUGAACUUCAGGAGGAGAGGGUGGAAGCCUACAGACUAUUUGAAGAGGGUUUCCAAGCCUACAUAAAAUGUGCUCCAAAUUAUAAUUUUCCAAUGUACAGACAGUUGGUUCAUGAAAUCACUCAAGGAUUCAAAAAGAUAUCUGAGGAGAUUGUCAAAAUACAGCAAGAUUUUGUGGAACUACAGUCAAUGCCAAAUGUGGCUACAUUCAUUGAAAAAAUACAAGAGGAUGAAAAACAAAAACUAGAGUUGACAGUGAAGCUUCAAUUAGCAACACAGAACAGCAUAGACCACUCAGAUACUCAGUCAUACAAAGAGGAAUGUGAAGAUCUCAAGCAAAGUAUGAAGGAAACAAUAGAACAAAUAAACGAGCACAUAGAAGAACUGAAGUAUGAAACUGAAGAUCUGUUUUCUCAAGACACAUAGGAAAAUGAAAGAAUAUUCAGAGACAUAUAAAAUAUCUCUGGAAUAUUUGCCUACAGUAUACAGGGACAAAAAUAAUAGAAUUUAUUUUUAAAUAAUAUUUUGGUUUUAUUACACUCUAUGCAAUGAAAUUGAACUUUUUUCAAUUGAGAUGUGAACAAUUUUGAGACAGGCAUUGACAACAUUCUUGUAAUGAGGAUAUACAAACUGGGAAAGUGCAGAAUAAAAGAACAGACAGUGCUUGUGAUAAAAUGAAAAUGGAACAAUAAAAAAUACAGUGUAGUAGACUAUACAAAAAUACAAUUAUUUUGUACAUCAAUUUUUGGCUUAUACUGUACAUUGAAAAGAC